GGGACGGAGGGAGGGAGGGAGAAGCCUGCCUGCUGGGGAGCUGCAGGAAUCUGCGACAAAAAAAAAAAAAAAAAAAACCGAUGACAAUCUAAAAUCCUCCCCUGCGCCAACCUCUAAAUUCGUCUGUCACUUCAGACCCCAAAGAGUUGACAGAGAAGCAGAAUUUCAACUCCAAUAUACUUAAAUGUGUUUCGGGGCAAAGAAGCAAGCUAACGAGGAAAGAGAUUUAAAGAGUUUCUCUCGGUAUUUGUCAAACUUUUAUUUCCUGGCUGUGUGUGAAGAGGGGAUUCAACUUGAAUUUUCUACCAAGGACCUGUGUACAGCCACCCACCCAAAGGCCUAGCAAGCAUGAAGACUGUGCUUUUUUUCCUCUACAUUUUGGGAACAGCAGCUGCAAUCCCGACAAAUGCAAGGUUCCUAUCUGAGGAUUCCAAACCAACUGCUGAUUCCUUGAGUUCCACCCAACAGGCUGAAGUGUUGGUAACACCUGACAACACUGCGAUCCCCAUUUUAAGUGCUGAAGAUGCAGAAAAUGAAAAGGAAACUGCAGAAUCUGUAGAAGACCAUGCCAACGAUAAGGCUGAAAAUUCUUCAGUACUAAAAUCAGAAGAGAAAAGCAAUGACCAGUCAGCAGAUCAGGAUCAGAGUUACAACCAAGAGCUGGGACUAAAGAAUCAAGAGGAAAGUGGCAGUGAUAUCAGUGAGAAUUUGGAGGAUGCACCAACUGAAGCAACAUUGGACCUAAAAGAUGAUAUGAUUGAGCCUGAAAAGAAAACACUCCCAGAGGGCACUGACUUCCCUGCUCCUGGUAUUAGUUCCAUUAUAGAUUCUAACCAACAAGAAAGUAUCACAGAGAAAAACCAAGAACUAUCUAUAAGUGAUUCAAAUCCUCAGUUGAACAGAAGCAGCAAAAGUAGCCAAGACCUAAGUGAUCAAGGAAACCAAGAACAGGAUCCAAAUAUUCCCAGUGGAGAAAAGGAGGAGGAAAAAGAGUCAGAUGAGGUUGGUACACACAGUGAUAACCCAGAAAGUGAGAGCGAAUUUCCCCAGGAACAUUCUAACAGCAAGCAAGAAGAUAGUACCCAAUCUGAUGAUAUUUUGGAAGAGUAUACUCAACCAACUCAAGUAAGCAAGAUGCAGAAGGAUGAACUUGAACAGGAUGAUCAAGAACAAGAAGAUGAUAACGCCAAUGCAGAGAUGGAAGAGGAAACUACAUCACAAAUCAAUAAACACAAUCAAGGUACUGAAUGGCAGAGCCAAGAGGAGAAAUCUGGCCUGGAAGUAACCAGCAGCCAUGAAGAGAAGGAUAGGAAGACUGUUUCUGAGGCUUUGCUCAUUGAGCCUGACACCAAAGGUGACAUCUUGCCCAGAAAUCAUGGAGCUGAUGAUGAAAGCGAUGAUAGCCCCAGGCACAGUGCCAGUGAUGACUACUCCUUUCCAAGCCAUACUUCCCUGGAGCAUGAAGGAGCUCAAGCCAAUGACCAUCACAUCAAAAAUGAGAAGCAAGGAGAAAGAGCACAUGAGAAUGAGAAUGUAGACGCCAGUGAACCUGGAAAACACCAAGAGGCCAAGAAAGCAGAAGGCUCACCUCAUGAAGAAGGAGGUUCAAGUGAAGGCAACAUGAGGGUGCCCAUUGCUGAUUCUUGCAUGAACUUCCAGUGUAAAAGAGGACACAUGUGUAAGGCUGACCAACAGGGAAAACCCCACUGUGUUUGCCAAGAUCCAGUGACUUGUCCUCCUACAAAACUCCUUGACCAAGUUUGUGGCACUGACAACCAGACCUACGCUAGCUCCUGUCAUCUGUUUGCCACUAAAUGCAGACUGGAGGGGACCAAAAAGGGUCACCAACUGCAGCUGGAUUAUUUUGGAGCCUGUAAAUCUAUUCCUGCUUGUACGGACUUUGAAGUGACUCAGUUUCCUCUAAGGAUGAGGGACUGGCUCAAGAAUAUCCUCAUGCAGCUCUAUGAACCUAACCCUGAACACACUGGAUACCUAAAUGAGAAGCAGAGAAAUAAAGUCAAGAAAAUUUACCUGGAUGAAAAAAGACUCUUGGCUGGGGACCAUUCCAUCGACCUUCUCUUAAGGGACUUUAAGAAAAACUACCACAUGUAUGUGUACCCUGUGCACUGGCAGUUCAGCGAACUUGACCAGCACCCAGUGGACAGAGUCUUGACACACUCGGAGCUGGCCCCUCUCCGAGCUUCUCUGGUCCCCAUGGAGCACUGCAUAACCCGCUUCUUUGAAGAGUGUGAUCCCAACAAGGAUAAACAUAUCACCCUGAAGGAGUGGGGACACUGCUUUGGAAUUAAAGAAGAAGACAUAGAUGAAAAUCUCCUGUUUUGAAUUAAGAUUUGAAAGAACUCACCAUUCAUCAUCUUCCUAACUACUUCUGAAAUAUAUGCAGCCAUGAUACCUUGUAGAUUUAUAUUUAGCAAAAUGUUUGCAUGUCUCAGAAGACAACGAGAGUAAAUUGCUUGACAACAGUAUAUGCACCAAGCAUUUAACAUUAACUCUGGAAAUAAAACUUUUAAAUUAAGGUAAAUAUAGGCAAAAUACUGUACACUAUUUGUAAACAGGAGUUUAACUUACAACUCUCUGCAUCCACUUAUGAGAUACUAAUUAUAAAACUUGAAAAACUCAUAUGUUCAUUCUAUCAAUAAAAUCAUAUAUACACCAAGAACUUGGCCCAAUGCUUUCGUUGUUAAUGUAUGUUAUUUUCAAUAUCUUAAUAAACAACCAUAAAAUUCAUGUUUAUUC